CCUAGAUUGAUCGCACUCCACAGACAUGGGAUAUCUACAUAAUGCAUUACAGAAGGUCGGGCUGGCUCAACCUGGACCAAAGAUCACACAGCAGGAUCGAGCCAUACUAGACCUGAAGCUACAGAGAGAUAAGCUCAAGCAGUAUCAGAAGCGGCUUCAAGCCGUUCUGGACAAAGAGCAGGAGAUCGCGAAGAGGGCUUUGAAGGAAGGCAACAAGAAACGCGCUUUGACAGCACUGCGGCAGCGUAAAUACCAGGAACAAUUGCUUUCCAAAACGGAUGGACAGCUGCAAACUUUGCAAGAACUGGUCUCUACAAUCGAGUUCAGUCAAAUCCAAGCUGCAGUCUUACAUGGUAUAUCAGUAGGGAAUGAGGUAUUGAAACAACUUCAAUCGGAAAUGUCUCUGGAAAAAGUCGACAAAUUGAUGGAAGAGACGAGAGAAGGGAUUGAAUAUCAACGGGAGAUCGACGAAGCGCUCAUGUCGAGAAUGUCACCAGAGGAAGAAGAAGCAGUACAAGAAGAGCUGGCUCAGCUGGAACGCGAAGCUUUCGUACGUCCCUGUGCAGAAUGGGGGUGGUUUCCUAAAGCUCGUCUGCCGCAGCCCGCAAUACCUUCUGUACCGGAACAACAACCAGUCACAUUACCAGAGGCUCCUCAGACCGAGCCUAUGGAGCCUGUCAAAGUGCAGCAGCCGGGUGAGCGAAGCGAGCGGGCCUCAGCACUCAUCUUUGGGUUUCACUGAUACGAUUUAGCGCUCGAAGCGAGAAAAGAGGAACGGGUCGCUUUGGCUGCUUAAUAUGUGCUCCUGUUUUUUCCAUCUUGGUUCAUCAAGGUCGUAAUCUGUACCUCUUGCGCAUUUUGUAUCUCUCAUCUAUACUGUUGUACUGUCGAGUCGAUGGAUGCAUGGACGUGAC